CCAACCAUGGUGGCGCCUCGUGAGCCCGACCAAAUGUUUUUCGCUACCUACGCCACUGCUCAGUGCUCUACUCGAAAAACGAAUAACAACUCACAGCUCCAUCAAAAUGAAAUCCAUUAAAGACUUUUUUACCGAUGCUGUAUCUGUAGUUCCAAUCGAAAGUCUUUUUUAUGCUAUGGGAGAAAGUAGCUUAAACGUCAUGUUAGACUGCUGUGAAAUAUUAUCAACCAGCGAGAUUAACUCCAAGACAUUAGCCAUGUCCGAGAUUUCUGUUAAAGUUUUAGAAAAUGCUAUAUUUCGUAUUCGCCGAUGUCAAUCAUGCAUGGAAAACUUACCUGAUGAAAUGCCUUUGAAAGAUAAAUAUCGCAUUCUCAUGCAUGAAUCUCGUGAGGGGUCAACCCGUCGUCAUCAAAUAAUUGGAUUUGAAGAGUUUGAUUUGCCAUCUCAAUACGAUUUCAAAGAGCGAUCUGUUUCUCAGUUGUCUUUGAAAAAAAUGGGCCCCAUGCUAAAGAAAACCACUUCCCACAUUAUGCAUCUUUUUGCGGACCGUUCAAAAAGAAAUAGAAGAACAAAAUCUGCACCUAUCUAUAAGACUGAUCUUAACGUCAUCUAUCCAAAUGUCGAUGCAGUUGACGGUACCAAAAAAAAUGAUCGUAGUUGCAAAGCUCCAAUGACUUUGCUGAAUGAUGGAAAAAAUAAACUCCAACAAUUAUGCGAAGAAUUGACUGCCGAACCACAACAACGUGCAACAUCGGAAAUAUCUUCUUGUAGCUUAAAUAACAGGAUGCUAGAAGUUUUGAAUGGUUUACGUAAUGAGUUCGAGACCUGUAGCACUUUGCUUGGCGCCUUCAUGCAAUCCCAGGUAAAAAUUCCUCUCGAGCAUGCUGGUAACGAUAAGUACGUUAGUGAAAUUGCCAGAUAUGCUAAUUCAUUUGGAUUGUCUGUCUGGGGACUGCUGAUUGUACCGUUUAACUACUUGGAGGAAAUGAUAAGAUCAUCAGGAGAAUUUGGACAGCUUUUUAUUACAUUCUCCCGUCGCCUUAACGAUUUUCGGGAGCAUAUGUUUCCUACCGACGAACGUGAGCUUUUUGACUACGUCGAGAAAUUGCAUUUUCUGUUGGGUAGCAUGAAAAAAAGCAUUGCAUGGAACAAGAAGUACAUUAGUUACUCUCUCGAACGCCAACUUGAGCACCAAUGCAGUAAAAGAAACAUAUAUUACCACACACCCAUUGUAAAUAUUUUACAACAAUGGAACACUAAGUUUGAGGGAGAAACUCUGAAGUUAGUACCAAAAAAAUAUCGUAGACUGGUCGCCCGAUGGAUCAGAUGGUCACUGAUGAUAAACAAUCUUCGAGAAACUUUAGCCAAGCAAACAGCUGUUGGUGUUAUUGGGUUAGUCAAUUCAGGAAAAUCAAAGUUUGUCAACUCCAUGUUUGAAAUCAACACGGCGACUGGCACCACAGAUCAGAAGCGAACCACCGUUCCGUUGAUUUACAACUUGGAUGAGCACUUUAAAGGUUUAGAUGUCAUUGAUUUUCCUAGUGUGGAUGAUCGUGAUGAGACAAUUCCUGAGUUGGCAAAAUUAUUGUUAAGUUUGACUCGGAUUGUUGUAUUUGUUGUUGAUUACAGGAAAGCUCAUACCGAGUCAACGAAACAAUGGCUUUCCAUACUCGAGAAAGAAAAUGUUCCUGUUCUUGUUUGUUUUACAUUUGCUGACAGACUUUAUGCCGAAUUAAUGGGGAAAAAUUGUGAAAAUGACAUAGAUACAAUAAAAGCUGGAGUGGACUCUCAAUUAGAAGUGUUAAAAAAGAAGAUUGGAUUAUCAGAAAAUGGGCAUCAACGUGACUUCAAACUAGCAGUGUUUGCUUUUGAUAACGAUUCCAUUUUAAAUUCAGACGAGGGAAAAGCAAAGCUUCGAAAAGUUGGUCUUAGUGACGAGUUAGACGUAGGUCGCUGGAUUGCAGAAAAGCUAAAGGUUCAGUAUGAGCUGAGUGAUCUUUCACAUGAUUUUCUCAAAUACAUUGAAAGCAAGGACAGCAGCACUUUAAACCAUGCAAGAAAUAUCUUAAUAUGUGUUGCCACUGAACAGCAAACAAAUAAUAAUGAUCGUAUGUUUUAA